UCAACAACCCUCUCUCUCUCUCUCUCUCUUUUUCAUAGGCGUGCAAGUACACACACACACAAUUCAAGAUGGAGCGAUCCGGACGUAUGUUUUCAACUGUCUUCAUCCUUGUCCUGCUCUUUGUGGUUAUUGGGAUGGGUCCAAUGGUUGCUGAGGGCAAGGCCGCAACAAAGGAGAAUUCGAGGACUUGUGAGUCUCUGAGCACGAAAUUCAAGGGACUUUGCUUCCGAUCAAGCAACUGUGCAGAUAUUUGCAAAAAAGAGGGCUUCCUGGAAGGCAAAUGUGCUGGCUUCAGGCUGAGAUGUACAUGCACUAAGAAAUGUUAGUGAUAAAACACACAAAAUUAUUUUGGUGCAUGGGAUCGAGAAGAACGAAAAUUUAUUGCCCUUUUUAUUGUUUUGUUUAAGCGAAUAAAUGACUAGCCCUAAUAUAAAUGUUGGGGUUGUGUCCUCGUUUUUGUUCUUAUGCGCUAACCAGGCGUGAGU